AUGAACCCGCCCAACGUAUCCGUCCAGCAUCCGGCGGCAAAUAAUACCGCCCUGCCUGUGCCCACACCGUCUGUCUCGCCUGCGUCCACACCAUCCGCCCCGUGCAAGAAGCUCCCGAAGUUCAAGAAGAACAAGGGGGUUGCUGCACCGCAACCUGCAUCCAACACCACUGCCACUCAGGCUCGGGCGCCCAGUCCACCGACUGUCAGCCUCGGCACGCCGCAACCCACGCCACCCUCGUCUCGGGCCGCCCGGACGAUUCCCGCUGGUUACAAGUACGCCGUCGAGUGGGGUCAAUCAAUCCUCUUCGAGUACAACACCGACUAUAUGCCACCCUAUGUGGGCGAAGCGGUGUUCAACGGCGAGGUCGCGGAUGACGGCCUUUUCCACGCCUUCGAGUACAUACGGCAGCCUAUGCUGUAUGAUGAGCUCUCCCCACAGCUCCUGUUCACUUGCGUGCCACGAUGCGGGCACAAAGACACGGAUGAGUUUCACGCGGCCUGGCAUGAGGACUGGGAUGAGGAAAGACUGCUUCCUGUGGCCGAGCAGAAGAACCGGCGGGUGGCGAGGGACAAAACCUUAUUGGGAGAGCUGAUCAAAGUCGGUUUCUUCUCAAGGAAGAAAGUGCACGAUGUUGAGCGCAUGCGCGUGCACGACCUCAAGAACAAUUACCAGGAGGCCGUGACGCUUUUGCAGGAGGUUUGGCACAAGGGAAGCUUGAAGAAGGGCGACGCUGGAUGGGAGGUGCUCGAGAAGAUGCGGUUGCCGGGUACCAUCGUGUCCACAAUGUGGAAGGCAUGGGCGCGCAUGCACUGGUUUGGUGUUCUUACAGACGCGGAGGCAGAGAUGUGCCAUCGCGUCUAUCAAUGCACCGCCCUCGAGGUCGACGGCUGGCUCGACAUAGUGGCGUCUUUCCUGCGACUCUUUGUCCGUCAACGCCCCAACCAUCCACUCUACCGCCGUCUCAGUUUGGGACCGUCGGAGUGCCGAGGGGCUAUCUUUGCAGGUGACGACAUCGACGCGUACCACGCCGUUUACUCUGCACUCAAAGUGCCAACGUACGUCAACAUCGCACGCGCGGACUUGGACUCGGGGGUAAUGAGCGGCAUCAAGUUCAGCAAACCCGAUGCUCUACGGUGCUCCUCCACGAUCAGUAUAAAGCUUUCCACGAUCAAGCAGAAGACCCUCCCAUUCAUGUGGUACCCGCCACUACAAGCGCCGUGGGCCAAGUUCGAGGCACAGGCUUGUGGGUAUGCGCCGCACGCAGAGUCGGAGGAGACCUUCAAGCCUGCUGACGUGGUAUUGAGUCUCAAGCGCAAGCUUGAGAAUGUUGAUCAAAACAAAAAGCGAAUCAGGCUGGCUCAGGAAGUCCAACAAGAGCGCCGUGACGAGGCCUUCCACCGCGUCUGCGGUGACAUCGGGACCUCGAGAGAGCGCUACAUGCUCUACGCGCAAGUUUUACCCGCCUUUCGCCACCAGUUCGAUCGCCUGUCUCAAGCCCGCCCCAAACAAGUCCUCGCGCACGCCCGGCUCUGCGCGGUCAACCAAAAGGGCGAAGGGAUAUUGUGGAGCUAUCUCCCGCCCUGGCAAUACAUCACAGGCGGUGCACCCAAGCGGCAAGCGCGCAUGCUCGUAAACAUCACGCACGCGUUGCCCAUUCUCCUCCUGCGCAUCAAGCUCGCAGAGAACAACAAAAACAUCAUGCGCUUCAGGGGGAAGGGAUGGCGCAAGUUUGCCGCCAAGGUCGUCACAAAGGAGGAGCUCUGGGGCGAGAAGGGUGGGAAGAUGAAUGGGUUGGAGCUUCUGGGCGGCGAGGACUUUGAGGAACUACGGAAGCUCCCGGAUGGGCUUCGGAUGUGGGGAAAGCUCCCCUGUGGGCACGACGCGAUGGAGGAGCGGUUGAUGGACGAGCAACUAAGAGGUAGCCUGUGCUACUCCCUCAAUCAGUGGCUCCUCCUCUUCGCCCUGUGCGACAUCGCGUCUCCUGACGGUAUGGAGGCGGCGCGAAUUCCCGAACUGUCCAACAAAGGCAGCAAGCACCGGGUGCCCGACUUGAUGGAUCACGACCGUGAGAAGAACUGUCCCGUUCUGAAAGCGGCGCGCAACAUCGCCAUGCUCAGCAAGCCGAUUAACCGGGAUGGGUGGCCGGAACCGUGGGCUCCCGACACUCUCAACGUCAAGGACCGGCGCAAAUGGUUGAAGUCAUUCGCCAUGUUGCUCGCCAGUGCCAAGGAUUGCGAGUUCCUGGAUUCGUACACGCAGAGGCGCACCAACGAGGCGCAUGUCUGGGACGAGUGGGCACUGGGUAAUCUCCUGCGCGAUGUCAACUCAUUCCAGCCGCUCCCGCCGGAACGGGAGGAGUCGCUCGAGGACCACCUGAUGCUCCGCUACAUGCUCAUGUUGCUGAAGUCGCUGAAGCAGUGGCCCAUCGAGUUUAUGGACCGGCCGCGUGGCGGCCUGCACAAGUGUGUGACGUGCCAUGAGGAGGAUCAGAAGAAGUGUCUAGAGGAGCGCGGGACACUAGGGGAGCAGGACAUGGUGGAGAGGUUUGAGGAGGAAUGGGAUCUCAGUAUGCCAGGCGAAGGGGACCUCUCGGACGAGAAUUAG